AUGCGCACCCGCGAAGAGGUGGAUGCGACGCUGCAGAUAGCGAAGCUGAACCCCUCGGAGCUGCUCCCUACUGUGCACUGCCUGAGUUUCAGCCCUGGGGCCGGCGGCGCCACCGCCGGGGACUUCUGCCUGGUGGAACUCGAGCCGACUCUCUGCCAGCAGCUGGAGGCGGGACACAGUCUUGUGAUCCGUGGUGACAAAGAUGAACAGGCAGUGAUUUGCAGUAAAGAGAAAACUUAUGAUCUGAAAAUAGCAGAUACUUCAAAUAUGUUGCUUUUUAUCCCUGGCUGCAAAACUCCAGAUCAAAUAAAAACUGAGGAAAUGCCAUCUGAUAUAAUUCACACUGAGAUCUUUGGUUUUGCAAAUAAUUAUUGGGAAUUAAGAAGAUGUAGGCCAAAAUUAAAGAAACUGAAAAAACUUCUGAUGGAAAAUCCAUAUGAAGGGCCCGAUGCUCAGAAAGAAAAGGAUUCAAAUCAUUCAAAGUACACAAUGGCAGACUUGCUUGAUCAAAUUCAGGCAAGUGAGGAGGAAAUCCUGGCCCAUUUACAAGCUCUUCAUGCCUGUGAAAUUGGAGGUUAUUGGAGAAGACUUGAAUUUGAUUAUGAGAUGAAACUUCUAAAUCAUAUAACCCAGCUUGCGGAUUCAGAAUCUUGGUCUUUUAAUAAAGUUCCUUUAACUGCUUGUCUUCAGGAACUUGGACCUUUGGAACCAGAGCCAAUGAUAGAACACUGUCUUGAAUGUUAUGGAAAGAAAUAUGUUGAUGAAGGCAAAGUUUAUUUUGAAUUGAAUACUGAUAAAAUAUGCAGAGCAACAGCACAGAUGCUAUUACAGAAUGCAGUGAGAUUCAAUCUCUCUGAAUUUCAGGAAGUGUGGCAACAAAGUGUUCCUGAAGGAAUGACAACUAGAAUGGAUCAGCUGAAGGGCUUAGCACUCAUGGAUAAAUACACUAGACCAGAGACUAUAUUUUUGCUAAAGGUAGAUGAUUUACCUGAAGAAAAUCAGGAAAGAUUCAAUAGCUUAUUCACUUUAAGGGAGAAGUGGACAGAAGAAGAUAUUGCUCCAUACAUUCAAGAUCUGUGUGCAGAGAAGCAAACAAUUGGUACAUUGCUCACAAAAUAUGCACGUUCGUCGAUGCAGAAUGGGGUUAAAGUUUAUAAUUCUAGAAAACCUGUCUCUUAAAAGCCAAACAUCAUUUACUUUAACUUUUGACUGUAAUUUUUGUGCUUGAUUUAUUGAUAUUUUUUUUCCUCUUUUAGGAAUAUUUGG